AUGGCUAACGAGACUCCGGAAAGUGACUUUUCUAUAGAAUGUUUUCAAAACUAUUCUGCGCCAGAAGUAUUUGUCCAGGGUCUUGCUGGUAUGGUGGACCAGUCUGACGUUGAAGUGAUUAUACGUGCACAGAAAACCAUGUUACAGAGAUUUGAGAAAACGACAGAAAUGUUGACAAAUUGCAACCAGCUUUCAGCUAGCCGUUUUCGAGCUGCUUCAGUGGAGUUCAAGAAGCAUACACAGCUAUUGCUUGAUAUGAAGAAAGACUUAGAGUUCAUAUUUAAAAAAAUUAGAGCUAUUAAGACAAAAUUGAGCACUCAAUAUCCAGAAGCAUAUAAAGAAGCAAUAACAUCUGCCUCAGCCAACAUAAAGCCACUUGAUGAUGAUGAUGAUGACACAAAACAGGCUGAAUCCAAAGUAUCAUCAAAAAUGGUUGCCACUGUUUCAACAGAGACCCUAAAACCUAUAGAUAAAAAGAAAAGGGGUAAGGAUGAGGACAAUACUACUGUUAAAAAGAAAAGUAGUAGCUCAUCAGAUACUGAAAGUGCUAGUUCUGGCGAUGAAAGCAGCACUGAUACUGGUUGA